AUGCCGGGUCGCACGGUAAAUGCGGCGCGUGCUGCGAGGAAGACGACAUCCGCGAAAUCCCUCCGCGCCGGCCGCAACUCGUCGCCUGUCACCGAAAUUCCAGACGAAGGAGAGGACACCUCGCUGCGACGCGAAGUCUGUCGCAUCUUCGCAGACGCACAGAAAUCGACAGCCGGACACAGAAAGGCGAUCAUAUCACUGCGGAAGAUUCAGGAGGCGUGCUGCUACGAAUCCGUGAGCAGCAACAAGAAGGGAAAGCAAACAGAGGAGGAAUUUGAUGAAGAGGCGUUCAACGAUGAAAUUAUGCGCUGUAUCCUCCGCAUUCUGCCGGUCAAGAAAUCAGAGGCGGUCGGAGAUCGUGUUGUGCGCUUCUUGGGGGCGUUCUUGAAUGUAGCGAGCGGCAAGGACAACGAGAUUGCACAGCAGGAUGAGGACGGAGAACAUGGAGCGUUGCCAGAGACCCCGACCUCGCGACUCACGACUAAGAUUCUGAGCACGCUCAUCCCGGUCUUGCAGGUCAAAGAUAAAGUCAUCCGCUUUCGUGCCACACAAGUCACAAGCCACAUCAUUAACAGCCUGGACACACUGGACGAUAAUCUGUUUCACCAGCUGAGAUACCAGCUCCUGCGCAGAAUCCAUGAUAAGGAGGCGCCAGUGCGACUGCAGGCAGUCUACGGCCUAGGCAGACUUGCUGCUGAAGUGGAAGAUGACGAAGAGAAGGAAGAUUCCGAUUCAGACGAUGAGGUUGGCGCUGGUGUGCUGGCAAAAUUGCUCGGCACACUGCAGAACGACCCAUCUGCUGAGGUGCGACGGAAUCUGCUCCUCAAUCUGCCAUUGACAAAAGAGGUGUUACCAUACUUGCUCGAGCGCGCGAGAGACGCGGAUGCUUCGACCAGACGAGCACUUUACGCUCGACUUUUGCCGGCACUUGGCGACUUCAGACAUCUCAGUCUGACGCACCGAGAGAAGCUAUUGAGAUGGGGCCUUCGAGACCGGGACGAAAAUGUCCGACAGGCGACUGCCAAACUCUUCUGUGAGCGGUGGGUCGAAGAUUGCGCCGCAUUGCCAGCCGUGCAAGCAGCGGAAGGCCAAGAAAAGCAGCCAGAUGUCCCUGUGCCGUCUCUUGAUGCUCUCCUUGAACUGCUGGAGCGUAUCGAUGUGGUAAACAGCGGAACGGACGGCGGCAUCGCUCUGGUUGCCAUGGUCGAAUUCUGGAAAUUGAGACCAGACUACGUCGAUUAUGUCUCUUUCCCAGACUCAUUCUGGGACGACUUGUCGCCAGAGCUUGCUUUUGUCGCACGCACCUUCAACGACUACUGCCGUGCCCCAGUGGAACCAGGCUAUCACGGACCGAACUUGGAAGCUCUGGUUGAGGAGAAGCUGCCUGAGGUCACCAAGUUUGGCUUCCUCCUCGAGCGAGAAAUCAACAAGCUUAUAGAGACUACAAUCAGAGUGGCGGAAGACGGCGACGAUGACGAUGACGGUGAACUGUCCAAUGCCGAAUUCGUCGUUGAGCAAAUGCUACACAUGGCCCUCACAUUCGACUACAGCGAUGAAGUCGGACGUCGCAAGAUGUAUGGUCUGAUGCGCGAUUCGCUCGCCACGCCCGAUCUGCCUGAAGAAGUCACUCGGUUGGUCGUCGAGAACCUCCGGCUUGUUUGCGGCGAGAAUGCAAAGGGCGAGCGCGAAUUCUGUGAAGUCGUUCUGGAGGCUAUUGGCGAAGUCCAUGAUACCAUCAUGGGCGAGGACGCUGACGCCGACCCUGAUAGCACAGAGGAGAGCUUCCACUCCGCCACUUCUCAAGUCAGCGACGAUGAAGAAGAUACUAUUGUCGUUGCGCAGAGACGUCCUAAGAAGGCGAAGAAGCAGCUGACUGCUGAAGAAGAAGCCGAUAAGGCUGUCAAAGAGAUCAUGGUCAACAUGAAGUGCCUGCACAUUGCUCUUUGCAUGUUACAGAAUGUGCAGUGUGAUCUCGAGGAGAAUGUGUAUCUUGUCACGAUGCUGAACAACCUUGUUGUGCCGGCAGUCCGAAGCCAGGAAGCGCCGAUAAGAGAGCGUGGUCUGUUAUGUUUGGGACUGUGCUGCCUGCUUGGAAAGGUGAGUGUUGAUGGAACACAUCGGAGUGAUCAAUACUAACUUGGUGCAGAACCUGGCACAAGAAAAUCUCAGCCUCUUCUUGCACUGCUUCAACAAAGGUCACCCUGCUCUGCAAGCCAUCGCCCUUCAGAUCAUCACCGACAUCUUAAUCACCCACCCGACCAUUCUCUCCGAUCCUUUGACGUCUACCACGGAAGUGUCUGAGCAAAACGACAUGCUGAAGCCAAUUCUCAGAGCCUUCAAGAACUCCCUCAAGUCCGAAGAUCCGAAUGUGCAAUCGACAGGUGCCACUGCACUUUCGAAGGCCAUGCUUUCCCGUCUCAUCACCGACAGUGACCUGCUUCGACAGCUCGUUGUCCUCUACUUCGACUCGGACAGCGCUUCGAACGCCCAACUGCGACAGAGUCUGUCCUACUUCCUGCCGGUAUACUGUCACUCUCGCGCGGAGAACGCUAUUCGAAUGGCCGAAAUAGCAACAGCAAUCGUCAGCAAACUUUUCACACUUCGCCAGGCUCUAGAAGACGACCCAGAUGAAGAGGCGGAUCUUCCAGGCGCCGAUGGAAUUGUGAAAAUAUCGCAGAUCGGCACCAUGUUGCUCGACUGGACCGAUCCUCGAAAAGUUGUUGGUUUCAGCGAGGUUGCCAAUGACGCGAUCGUUGCGCAUGGAGCCGGUGAAACUCACUACAUCAUUGCUCAUUACAUUCUGGACCGACUGGUAUCUCAGAAUCCGUCUAAGGAUGAGAAGAAGCCUCUGUUUUCGAUGCUCAACAAAGUGCACCUACCUCCUGGUGGCGCUGAUGCUGAGCGAGUGAAGGCCAUUCUCGAACUUGCUGCUGAAGCUGCGGAGACUAAGGUUGCGCCUAGCGCGACUGAUAAAAAUGUUCUCACCAAAAUCCAGAACCAGCUGCUCAAGAUGAUGCACGACAUCAUGACGGAAGAGCGUGGUGGUGGAGAUACUAUUCUUGAUACUGCCGAGGGUCCUGCCCAAAUCGAGGCGGAUGUGCCGGAGGGAGAUACUACUGUCCAAAUUCGACCUGGCGCUGCGGAUCAGGGUGAGGACGGGGAAGAGAAUGAAGAGGAAGACGAUGCCACCGAGCAACUUCAGCUUGAAUUAAAGGAUGCUACGCUUGGUGCUACAACAACCACGGGCUUUGUUCCUGAUGCAGAGGGAACGAGGAUUGGAUUAGAGGAUCUCACUACUAGUGAAGAUCUUGAUGGGGAUACGGAGAUGAGUGGCAUUUGA